AUGAACGCGAUCAAGAAACGUCUGCAGACACUAAAGAUCGAGAAGGAUCUGGCGAUGGACAGGGCAGACAUGUGCGAUCAACAGGCAAAAGAGGCGAAUCGGCGGGAAGAGAAACUGAAGGACGAGGUUCGGGAAUUGGCGAAGAAAUUUGCGCAGAUGGAACGUGAUUUGGAGCUGAGCAAAGCACAGCUGGACAAGUCGAUCAGAAAUCUUGACCAGAAAGAAAGAGAUAGUACGCAGUCGGAACUGGCAGUUCUGAACAGAAAGAUGCAACAGUGUCUACAGAAUUUGGAGAAAUCGGAGGAACGUCGUCUGACGGCACAGACGAAACUGGCGCAGGCGAUGGAAACCGCUGAGGAUGCAAAACGUAUUUGUAAAGUGUUGGAGAACAGAAGCAAGCAAGACGAGGAAAGGAUGGACCAACUGAUGACACAAUUGAAAGAAGCAAGACUGAUUGCCGAAGAUGCGGACUCGAAGUCGGACGAGAUCUCGAGGAAAUUAGCUUUCGUCGAGGAUGAAUUGGAAGCCGCCGAGGACCGAGUGAAGUCGAGCGAGGCGAAGAUCAUGGAACGAGAGGACGAAUUGUUUAUUGUUGGCAACAUAUUGAAGUCUCUAGAAGUAUCGGAGGAGAAGGCUAAUCAAAGGGUGGAAGAAUUUAAAUUGCAGUUGAAAGAGCUGAAAGCGAAACUGAAGACCGCCGAGAAGAGGGCGAUCAUCGCUGAGAAAAUGGUGAAGGUAUUUUCGAAGGAACUGGACGCGAGAGAAGACUUUCUAUUCCGAGAAAAAGAAAAAUACAAAUAUAUCUGCGACGACAUGGAUUCCACGUUCGCCGAACUAACUGGAUACUAA